UCCCAACAUAGUCAUCACUAAAUUCAUUUGGUUUUUGUUGUUCUUCUUGCGACGAAGAGAGUAAUUAAAUAACUGAUCAGAAGGAUUUGCCCGGGCCCAUGCCGCGCAAUUACGCUUUCGGGAGAGCGGAUGAGGCGACUCACCCGGACUCCAUGCGCGCCACCCUGUCGGAGUUCCUCUCCACCGCUCUCUUCGUCUUCAUCGGAGAAGGCGCUGUUCUCUCCAUCGCGAAGCUCUACCCGGACUCUGACACGUUAGGGGCGUCAGGGCUGACGGUGUUGGCGCUGGCCCACGCGCUCGCCCUAUUUGCAGCGGUCGCGGCGGCCCAGAACGUGUCUGGAGGGCACGUGAACCCGGCCGUCACUUUUGGGGCACUGGUGGGGGGCAGAGUGACCCUCCUCCGCGCCCUAUACUAUUGGAUCGCUCAGCUCUUAGGUGCCAUCGUUGCCACUCUCUUGCUCAGAAUUGCCACUGAUGGCAUGAGGCCGAAAGGGUUCUCAUUAGCACACGGAGAAGGGUGGGCGAGCGCGCUUCUGCUCGAGAUAAUAAUGACGUUCGGGCUGAUGUACACCGUUUACGCGACCGCGAUCGACCCGAAGAGGGGAAGUUUGGGCACGAUAGCCCCGCUCGCCAUCGCGUUUAUCGUGGGGGCCAACAUCUUCGUUGGGGGCCCGUUCACGGGAGCGUCGAUGAACCCAGCGAGGGCGUUCGGGCCCGCUUUGGUGGGGUGGAGAUGGAGGCACCAUUGGAUCUUCUGGGUGGGCCCGUUUGUCGGCGCGGGAUUGGCGGGGCUCAUCUACGAGUUCGGGGUCAUACACACCGCCACCGAGCCGCCACACCACCACACCCACCACCAGCCCCUGGCGACGGAGGACUACUAGUUUUAAUUUUCUUGUGUGCCAAAAACCAAUAAGUCUUUAAGUUCCCCAUUUUGCUUUUGGUUAUUAGUUUGUACAAUGUUUUGGCAUGCUGUUUGGCUCUGUUUGAUCCUUGUGUAUGUUUGUGGUGUCUAUUUUGUAACUUUUGGGAAUAACAAGCUAAGGGGAAU